UGCCCAUCACAACACCAGAAGUCCAUCACUUGCCAUCUUGUAUGCGCAUCCAGCAAUUUUCUAGGUGCAGCGCUGUGCACUUCUCGGCAACCACCGAAUCGGUGGCCUAUGCACUUGCGGCUCCGGUCCGGAUUGCCUAUCGGUGCGCCCCCAAUUAUCUAGCUCCGACUGCUGACUCUCAUGCACAGUGUGAACCUGCUCUUAAAAGCAAUGUCGGCGUGUGGACGCCUCAGUCAGCUUACGUUCAUGAGAAGCUCAUAUCACCAGCAUCAACAAUCACCUGUUCGAAACAACUGCUAGUACGAUUUAUCAUUCUGCAGCACCUAUGAGCUCAACACCAAUCGUAAAGCGAUUAGCCCAAGCUAGGCAGAAGCUGCGCGGACACUAUUCCGGUCCGCGCAGAUAUAUGUACAA